AAAUUUAGAGAGCAGCGAGUCAACAAUGGAAGGUUCACAACUGUACGAAGCCAAACGAGAACGAAAAAUUCUAACCGAGGCCAACGACAACUUUCACUUUCGACCGGCACAUGUCAAGAUGAAUGCCGACAGGUCUGCGUUCCUGGUCGUCCUGCUCUUCACUUUUGCUUGCACUUUACUUCUGCAGACAGCUAAUGGGAACAAUGGCGGCAAUCAGACAUGUCCCUCGAGCCCGGCUUAUAUGAAUUUAACGUGCACCUAUAGAUACCGUAAUGGUAACAAAACUGUAACCUGUCGCAGACCUGACAACUCCACGUGCACUCUAUCAAUCACAAAAUCACUACGGCAUUUAUGGCCAGGCUUUACAGCGCAAAAUAUUGAUUCGGCACGGGUAUCUGAAGGCCUCCUAAAGUGUCAUCGAGGGACUAGCCUAGAUACUUCAUCCUAAGAACGUAAUAUUUCCAUAACUUAAUCAAAUUAUCCUGUUGGCGUCAGUAAUCGUCCAGAGAUUUCAAGUCAAACCCUUGGCCAGGCUACUUCCUCAAAUGGUCGGUAAAAUUGUUUCU